UGUGGCGCUGCUACAAAUGGUAUCGUAUCGACCGAUUGAUGUUUGAGGUUAUGUUUCUUAGUGUUACGACAGCCACUGUACGUUAACAUUAUAAUUUCCUUUCAAAGAAAAAUUUUCUUGUUAAUUUAAUCGUGUGUUGUGUCUGGUCCUUUUAGUUUUGACAAUGUCUUCGUGGAAGAAAGCAGCGAAAGCCACACAGAAGACUCAUCGCGAGAGACAUCAACCAGAGUCUCGCAAGCACUUGGGUCUUUUGGAGAAAAAGAAAGAUUAUAUUGCUAGAGCCAGAAAUUAUCAAGAAAAACAACAGACUUUAAAACUUUUGCGUAAACGUGCCCUAAACAAAAACCCAGAUGAAUUUUAUUUCCAUAUGAUCAAUUCUAAAAUUACGGGAGGUGUCCAUAAAGAAAGAAAAAAACGUAAAAAUCAUACACCGGAACAAAUACAGCUAAUGGAGACGCAAGAUAUUAGAUACAUUGCUCACAAGAGAAACAUAGAAGCAAAGAAAAUAAACAAGCUUCAGAGUCAACUGCAUAUGAUAGAUGCUGCGAAUGAAACCAAGAAUAAACAUAUCUUUUUUGUAGAUGAUUCGAAGGAAGUCAAAAACUUUGAUCUUGCAAAGAAACUGGAUACACAUCCAGCAUUGAUAUCCAGACGCACAAACAGACCAAAAUUAAGUAAAUUAAAAGAUAUGAAAUUACCAGACAUAGAUGAGGCAAGCUUGAGAAAAAUUGAAAGUGAUAAACACAAUGCUUACAAAGAAUUACAAAAGAGGAUAGAGAGAGAAAGAGAAUUGACUAUUAUACAACAAAAAUUAGAAAUGCAAAGAGCACUAAAAGAUAAAAAAAUUACUAAACCAAAACUAAUAAGCAAAGAAACAAAGGAUGCUGCUCCUAUUUACAAAUGGAAAUUUGAAAGAAAACGAUAACUUCUAUUAUCUGUAUUUAAGACGCAAUUUUAAUAAACAACAAAAUAAUCUA